AUGACCUUCGCUCAAGAUCUGAAGGAACUGCUCAUCUGUCUCACGUUGGUGGCAAGCGUGAGUUAUGUCACGGACUUGCAACUGUAUGGAGGGGUCUGCGUAGCCAUCCAAUGGCUCUCUGCACUAUACGGCGUCCCCAAUCAGACCGAGCGGUACUUUGACCUUACGGGCUCCACUACCUAUGCGACGGUCUCCAUGCUCGCGUACCAGCUGAAAGAGUCACCCUCAUGGCGCGAUACGUUGCUCACAGCCUUCGUGUGGCUCUGGUGUGUGCGCCUAGGAGCUUUUCUGUACCUGCGCAUCUGUGAGUGCGGUAGUGACAAGCGGUUCGCCGAGAUCAUUGUGGAUCCUCUGUGUUUUCUGGCAGCCUGGAAUAUUCAGGGUCUCUGGGUCUUUUUCACACUUCUUUCAGUGCUGCUUAGUGUCACACAUGGAGUUGGUGUUCCAGAGGUUACGCCGCUCGACAUCGUUGGCACUACGAUGUGGGUUGUCGGCUACCUUAUCGAAGUGACAGCUGACUACCAAAAGACCCAGUUCCGCCUCCACAAGGGCAACGAAGGUCAUUUCAUUUCGAACGGACUCUGGGGCUACAGUCGUCAUCCGAACUACUUUGGUGAGAUCAUGAUGUGGAUCGGCGUCUUCUUGGUGGCCGUGCACACACUUCCGAGCUUUGCGCUGCAGUGUGGUGCUGCGGUAAGUCCGAUGUUCAUGACAUUGCUCAUCAUCUUUCGCUCGGGCAUUCCACUUCUUGAACAAGCUGCGGACAAGCGCUGGGGACAUUUGAAAGCUUACCAAGAGUACAAGACGCAGACGAGCGUGUUGAUUCCGAUGCCGAGACGCAAAUCGGCCGCACUGAAGCAGGCAAAGUUCGCGUAA